AUGGUGCCGCCACCGGGCACGCGGUUCAGGUCGCUGCGGCUAGAGUUGCGGCUGACUCAGCAGUAUGUGUGCUUCUCUUCCUGUCAGCUGACUCGAAAGCAGUUACCGGGCCGAUGUUUCCGGCUGCAGAGCGUCCAGAUUUGUCCGAACGGUGCAGCCGCCGGGGUCAGAUGGGACAGAAACAUCCAGAUGUUGAGCAGCAGGACGCUGCACAUCCAUCGUGAUUUUCUGGCCAAUGCUGGGUGUCUAAGGCCUUUGAAACGCAUAGAAGACAAAGAUCUCUUGGUGGAGGAUAUCAUCAUGUUUCAGCUGGUUCAUCGAGUUAGUGGAGCACUUCAAAGGUUCAGGGAGGGGAUGAAGACCCUUGGUGUUCUUGAUGCAAUAAGAAUGCACCCAGAUGCUUUCAGACCGCUGUUUUGUCACGAGCCAUCCCCACUCACAGCGGAUGUACUAGAACGGUCAGCAGUGGGCAGGAACAAAAGAAGGCCAGAGGAAUGUGUGGUUGCAUUUUGGAGGGACUACCUGCUGGAUGUUGAGGAGCAAGAGGGACCCUUGCAACUUGGGGGUAUCCUGGCCUUUACGACGGGAGCAAACGAUAUUCCACCCCUGGGCUUCUCCCCACUACCUUCAGUGGUUUUUCUCCAUGAGCUGCCCCUCAGACAAGGCCGUCAUUUACCCCCCGCAAACACAUGCAUUAACUGCCUGCGGUUGCCAGUCCUGAAAAAAUUCGAGGAUUUUAAGGAAACUAUGGAUUUUGCAUUAAAAAACACUCAGGGAUUUGGUCAGGAAUGACUUCCGAGAACUCCUUAAUAUACAUUAUUAAAAUCUGUUGCCUGUUGAACUUGACUAAAUUGAAGAGGCAUCGUUGUCAAUAACUCACCAUUUCCUAAUACAUUAUUAAUGUCUUGUUUAAACAAUUAAAAAUGGAAUAAUCAUC